AUGGGAGCUUCGGGGAAAUGGAUUAAGACGCUGAUCAGUCUCAAAAAGCCCUCCUCUGUCAAUGAACCCGAAAAAGUGGGCGGAAAGAGCAGAAAAUGGAGGCUAUGGAGGAGUGCUUCUGGAGGGAUUACGACCACGAAAGGUGCGAAAAGUGGCGGAGAUGAAACUGAGGGGUCGGAGGGUUCUGCUUACUUUUAUGAUGCUGAGAUGGCGGCAGCCGUGGCUGCCUUGGCGAAAGCUUCACCGAAGGAUUUCAUGGUUGUUCGAAGAGAAUGGGCUGCCGUCCGAAUUCAGACCGUGUUUCGUGCUUUCUUGGCGCGAAGGGCCUUGAGGGCCUUGAAAGCUUUGGUACGGCUGCAAGCUAUUGUCCGUGGGCGGCUCGUGAGGAAGCAAGCCGCCGUGACAUUAAGGUGCAUGCAGGCCCUUGUUCGGGCUCAAGCCCGUGUUCGGGCUCAAUGUGGCCAAUCAUCUGCAGGAGGGGACUUUGAAAGUCUAAAUCAAGUCGACCCUGUUAAGAAGGCUGAGAGUGGAUGGUGUGAUAGCCGUGGCACGGUCGAGCAAGUGAUGUCCAAGUUACAAUUGAAGCAAGAUGGAGCUCUCAAGAGGGAGAGAGCCAUUGCCUAUGCCCUUGCCCAACAGCAGUUACGAAAAACCCCCAUUUCAUGCUCGAGACGUAACAUGAUUGGGACCCCAAAUAGAAUGGACAAGAACAUAAUCGGAGGCCUCAACUGGCUCGAACGUUGGAUGGCAGCCAAGCCCUGGGAGACGAGGCUGAUGGGAGAAUUCCAAUCAGACUCGUUCCAAACGCCACAAAUCCCAACAAAACACGAAAAACAGCAGCGCGACACGAAAAUCGGGUCCUUCUCGAGAGUGUCCGACCAAGACUCGGUCAAUAUAAGGCGUAAUAACAACAUGAAGGUCCCGAUGAGCUGCCAGCUAAUCCGCUCGUCAUAUGACCCGUGCAACGAGUCGGUUUACGAUGAAAGCUCGACUUCUAAUUCGUCGACCACAACUUCUGAAACUCCCACGAAGCCAAGUUAUAUGAAGCCGACUAGGUCGAUCAAGGCCAAGCAAAAGAGUGUUGUUGCUUCUUGUAAUUUGUCGGGCAAUCGGUCAGUUUUGGGGAGGUCGGUGGAGGACUUGCCGCUGAAUUGUAGAAAACCGAGCCCGCUCUCGAAAAAAGGGAAUAAUGGCGUUGGUGCGAGGAGGAGCACGGAUGUUGAUCUCUAUUGUGUCGACAUGUGUCGGGAUUUGUACCCGACUACGAAUGCGGGUCACUGUUAUCACAAGUAA